AUGGCGGAGCAGCUAACUGAGGAACAGAUCGCUGAGUUCAAGGAAGCUUUUAGCCUCUUCGACAAGGACGGAGAUGGUUGUAUUACAAGCAAAGAGUUGGGAACUGUGAUGAGAUCUUUGGGACAAAAUCCCACUGAAGCUGAACUGCAAGAUAUGAUCAAUGAAGUUGAUGCUGAUCAAAACGGUACCAUAGAUUUCUCUGAGUUCUUGAAUUUGAUGGCACGAAAAAUGAAGGGCACUGAUUCUGAUGAUGAACUCGAAGAAGCUUUGAAGGUGUGA